UGUGUAUAAAAAGAUAUCAUCGGCAGUGUUGUCCUUGCCUUGGACUUUUUCCUUCCCUUGUUGAUGCGAUCGUGGAGUCCAGUCCUGAGUUUCUCGUGUAACGUGAGAAGAUCUUUUAAACGGCACGCGGUUGUUGUUGGUCUGCUUAAUGAAGCAGUCACGUGAUGGACAACCCAGCCAGAUUUCACUGCAGUUGGGCAAUCACAGUGCAACGUUAACAUGAAACUCACUGGAGAGGGUCAAAAGCUGAGUAAACAUGCUCUUCAUCGUGCCAUGAAGCUACAGGCAAACAGACUAUCUGACAUGUGAAACUCAUGUGCUCCGUCGUAGAUCUAGUGUUUUCAUUUGUUUCGUGUGUUGGCCAAAACUAUAAUUUUUCUUUGUUUAUAUUUGGAGGUGAACAAUAGGCCAAGAAUUCCUUCCUCAAAAGAACUUUGGGGAUAUUCUCUUCUGGAUUGGAUUUCACCCACCGCAGGAUUCGGCUCGUUCGUCAAUUCGGUGAAAAAAACCCUUGCCUCUGAGCAGGGAAAAACCAUUAGACCUGUUCCGUUGGGGGGCAUUCUGCUGGUCAGGACUUUGUGGCUGGAUGUCGUGUAAUUGGAACUUACGUCUGACGAUGAAUCCCUUUGUGGAGCGGCGCUGGUGUAUUGUUCCACUUGUGAUAGCAGUGUAUGCGUGGACGACAGCAGGGACGCAAGGAUCCCAAGUGCUCAGCAAGAGUGACGUCAUGUUCCGUGAGGUGUGGAAGGGCUAUGAGGCAGACAUCAGGCCCGUCUGUGGAGACUACCCGUCCCCCGUAGAAGUCAGCCUGGGCAUGGCGAUGAGGCAGCUCAUGGACCUGGACGAGCCGAAGCAAAUGAUUUGGACCAACAUAUGGCUGAGAAUCGCUUGGGAGGACUGUCGCCUGAUGUGGAACAGCUCGGACUAUGGAGAGGCCACCCGGAUCACAGUACCCAGGAAUGUUGUGUGGACGCCGGACCUGACCCUUUACGACAAUGCUGAAUCGAAGCUCGGUAACGACAUGGAUGCCUACAGAAUCAAUGUGUACAGUACCGGGCGAGUGACCUCACUGCUUCCUGUGGUCAUCAAAUCUAUGUGCAAGCUCAAAGUCCGGUGAAAAGGUGAACCUGGAGAUCACAGUCCUGCUGUCGUUGUCCGUGUUUCAGCUCGUCGUUCUCAGCACAAUGCCACCUACCUCAGAAAACAUGCCCAUCAUUGCGACGGAGAACUCCACACUCCUCGAGCACUACGAGUAGGGCCAAGGACGAGGAGGCGGAGACAGUGUUCAGUAACGUACCGAUGUCCUGCAGCACGAUCAGCAACGGUGUCAUGACGUCAUCUCACGGUGACGGCUACAGAUCCCACCACGUAACCCCUGACCCCGGCCAAAACGACCCGCUGGCCUCCCCUCGCAGCACAAGCUCUGGCCUCCACUACUCUAGCCGUUAUCCCUCCCCAGAAGUGUCCACGUCAAAUUUUGUCCAGUUGUCGCUGAAAGUUUUGGGACAACUAGAGAUUCUGACCAGCAGCAAGCUCUCGAAGGAGUUUAAGGACAUGCAGGUUUCGGAGUGGCGGCUGUUUGCCGUUUUACUAGACCGGAUCUUCCUCUGUGUAUUCCUUGUGCUAGGACUCAUUCUCUCCCUUUCGGUGUAUAUAACGAUAGCAGUAGGUUGACUGAAAGCCAAGAACAUUGUUGUAUCUUAUUCACAAACUUUAAUGUUGCCAGUUACUUCUUGUUCUGUACAUAGUGCUCAUUAUGUUUAUCAAGACACACGAAUAUUUAAUUGAUAAAUUGGUGAAGUGAUUACAUUCACUGGGCAUUCACUAGUGUAAGGCAUUUAUUACCCAUAGACUUAUAUUACAUUAUCACAGACCAUGCACUAAUAACGUAUUAUCGGUUCACAAUGGGACGCUCCAUUAGAGCCAAAGGAGAAAGCUGCUGCACGCAUUUUACUGUAGCUAAACUGGUGUUAUAAUGUUGCGGGGCAUACUAGUAGCCACAGUUAUUGUAAAAGAUGGAUUUUUCCUUAGAACUAGAAACAAAACACUUUCGCCUUUAAUACGGGCGUAAAUAACGUUGCCCAUGGUGCGCAUGCUUCGCACUGAUUAUUAUUUUUUUUAUAAUAAAGAGCAAAGAGCGGCGGCCAUAACCGUACACUGUCUAGGAGUGCAAUAGAUUAUGGUCAUGUGACUACCUUUGUCGUGUCCUUUAUCACCCAUUAUGAACUGUUGUUAUUGCUUUUUUUUUUACCGCUCAUUUCUCUGUAAAUAUCGUUUUUAACAAAAUAAAGGAAUAUAAUUUCGUGUUUCUGACUGUUGAAAUUGAACCAGAAAUAAUAUAUCUUUAUUAUUUAUCGUGCACGAAACUAAUGUCUUUCGAUAAACCCUAAAUGAGAAGGAUGAGGAAAACAAUAUGAACUGGGUCUGGUAAACAGUUUCUCUGGCUAGGAAGAAUAAAGGGACAGGUGGAUGAAGUGCCGUGCUUUUAAGCAAUUUGCAAGUGUACACUUGUUGUAGUAGCCGUUUUAUGGCUCUUUCGAAGCAAUUUGGGUCAUAUAAGUGUCGAAAUUUUUAAUGUGGUACAAGAAUUUAACAAAAACAAAAAGGAGGAGGAGAGAUAAGGACGAUAGGCUAGAUGUUUGAUGGGAAUGAAGGAGCAAACGACACCAGAACACCCACCAACAACCUACUAAGUGUUCUAUUUGGUAGAUCCUCUUUCAACCUACUUGAACUUGAAUGCAGCAUUCUGGAGUCACCGUAGGAGUCAUUUAUGGGGUUGUAUCAAUGUCUUAGAAGGAACAGAUAGCUGUGGGCUGCGAUCAUUGUGAUUCGUCUCGAAAAUAUUGGUGAGUGUGGGUGGGUGGGGGGUAUACUUUGCUCUUAGCGUUCCGAUAAGCCCCCUUCCCAGAAAGGUAUAGCCGUGGGGGAAUCUUUGUGUGAGUAUGCAGAAAUAUGUUACUGUUUGUUUUACAGUUGACCCAUGUCAUCUAAAUUUGUCCCCUCCCCAACCUCGCCCCACUUUACCCAGUUGAUAUUACAUUGAACUGCGGUAUGAAAGGCUCAGAAUUAAAUCCUUAAAGAGGCAUUCCCAAACCUA